AUGGAAGACCAAAGCAAGACAGAGUACGGAUUUCUAAAUCUUAAACCUGGCAAUAUUUUUUCAAACAUCUACUCUUCACACCUUCCGAAUUUCAGAAGCGAUUUUUCCGCCUUCCAAAAUUGGAGAGAUUGUUUUAAAAGAAACAGUGAGGAAUUUCACAGGGCAUUAGAGGAUUUAAAAACAGGGGAAUUGUGGGACGCGAGGACUCCUCAUGGCAAAUCUCAGAGCAAUGAUAUUUUAUCAGGAAAUUUACCGAAGUGUGACAAAAGAUCAAUGCAAGGACUUCACUCUCCUUCUUCAGUUGGACAAUGUCUACCUGCGUUUGCACCUGUAUUUGCUGGAUUAAUGAACAGGCGGCGGAGGCGAGAAAAUAGGCCUCGGCGACAGAGAACUACUUUCUCCAGCGACCAGACAGUGAAGCUAGAGAUUGAGUACAGCCGCACUGAGUAUAUCACCCGCUCCAGGCGCUACGAACUGGCGGAGCUGCUCUGUCUGACGGAAAACCAAAUCAAAAUCUGGUUCCAGAACAGGCGAGCUAAAGAAAAGCGGAUAGAAAAGGCUCACAUGGAUCACCAUCUAAGAACUUUAAGCAUCACUGGACACGCUGGGAGUUUCCCCAUACCCAAGUGUCCGAACGGAGAUCUCGGUGAAGCUAGUUCUUGGCCGGAGAGUCCACCUAUCCCAAAACCAAAACACACGUAGCACGUCACAGAUCUGCGUGUUUUCCAAAACGGCCAUAUUUAUUGUUUGCCUACAUGUAUAUAUAUUCAAAUGCUUUGUUUAACCUUCUUGUUAAAUUGUAACACAUUGAAUUUCACGCAAGAGUGGACGAUUCGCGCCUGUUAUGUAAAAUGUGUAAUUCCUAAAUGAAGGUCAUAAUUUUUUGUGCACGAGUAAAAUAAUGACCCCUACCAACAAACCCUUCACUUUCAACCAUCUCUGGACUGAACCGCUAAAGA